GCUGCCCGCACCUCGCCGUCCCCGCCAUCCGCAUCUGGCUCCGAGCCCUCCCCCGCGCGGCACGAUGCCAAGGAAGCAGUGACCCCGAGAGAGGCCGAGUGCUGGCGGCUGGAAGUGCUGCCAUGUCCCACCAACCUCUCAGCUGCCUGACUGAAAAGGGGGACAGCUCCAAUGAGACCACAGGAAAUGGACCUCCCAACCUGGCUCACCCAAACCUGGACACAUUCACCCCAGAGUUGCUGCUCCAGCAGAUGAAGGAGCUUCUUACUGAGAACCAUCAGCUGAAAGAAGCCAUGAAGCUGAAUAAUCAAGCCAUGAAAGGACGAUUUGAGGAGCUUUCAGCCUGGACAGAGAAGCAGAAGGAAGAGCGCCAACUUUUUGAGAUACAGAGCAAAGAAGCCAAAGAGCGCCUCAUGGCCUUGAGUCAUGAAAAUGAGAAAUUGAAGGAAGAGCUUGCAAAACUAAGAGGGAAAUCAGAAAGGUCGUUUGAGGACCCCACUGGUGGCGCCAAGCUGCCCAAGGCAGAAGCAGAGCAGGAAGCUGAGCAGCUGAAGACCCAGGUGGCACGUCUCCAGGCUGAAAAGGUAGACCUGCUGGGCAUUGUGUCUGAGCUGCAGCUCAAGCUGAACGCCGGCAGCUCCUCGGAAGACUCCUUUGUGGAAAUUAGGAUGGCUGAAGGACAAGCAGGAGGGGUAAUAAAAGAAAUCAAGACCAGUCCCGGGCUCACAAGAACAGACUCCGUUGACACAAGCAGAUCUGCAGAAGGUGCCAGGAAUUAUUUGGAAUUUGAAGAAUUAACUGUGAGCCAGCUCCUGCUUUGCCUAAGGGAAGGAACCCAGAAGGUGGAGGGCCUUGAAACUGCACUUAAGGAAGCCAAAGAAAGACUUUCAGAUUUUGAGAAGAAAGCAAAUGAUGGUUCUGAAAUUGAGACCCAGACAGAGGGGAGCACAGAAAAGGAGAAUGAAGAGGAGAAAGACACAGAGACGAUUGGAAAGGAAGUGGAAACAUUGAAACUUCAGGUGCCAUCCCUAUUUAAAGAGCUUCAAGAGGCUCAUACAAAACUCAGUGAAGCUGAGUUAAUGAAGAAGAGACUUCAAGAAAAGUGCCAGGCCCUUGAAAGGAAAAAUUCUUUAACCCCAUCAGAGUUGAAUGAAAAGCAAGAGCUUGUUUAUAAUAACAAAAAGUUAGAGCUGCAAGUGGAAAGCAUGCGAUCAGAAAUCAAAAUGGAGCAAGCUAAAACAGAAGAUGAAAAGUCCAAAUUAGCCGUUUUACAGUUGACACACAACAAGCUUCUUCAAGAACAUAAUAAUGCAUUGAAAAUAAUUGAGGAAUUAAGAAGGAAAGAGUCAGAAAAAGUAGAUAAGACAGUGCUUCAGGAAGUAAAUGGAAAACUGGAACUGGCAGAGAAGGCCCUGGCUUCUAAGCAGCUUCAGAUGGAUGAGAUGAAGCAGACCAUCGCUAAGCAGGAAGAGGACCUGGAGACCAUGGCUGUCCUGAGGGCUCAGAUGGAGGUUUACUGUUCUGAUUUUCAUGCCGAAAGAGAAGCAAGAGAGAAGAUUCAUGAAGAAAAGGAGCAGCUGGCAUUGCAGCUGGCAAUUUUGCUGAAAGAGAAUAAUGUUUUUGAAGAUGGAGGCAGUAGGCAGUUCUUGAUGGAAAUGCAGAGCCGUCAUGGGGCGAGAACAAGUGACCCCGACCAGCAGGCUUACCUCGUUCAAAGAGGAGCAGAGGAUAGGAACUGGCAGCAGCUGCAACAGCAGAAUAUUCCAGUUCAUUCUUGCCCUAAAUGUGGAGAAGUUCUGCCCGACAUAGACACGUUACAGAUCCAUGUGAUGGAUUGCAUCAUCUAAGUGUCGAUGUCUCACCUUUCCAAAACUGUUGGUAAAUGUCAGAUUUUUUCCUCCAA